CACAACUGAAUAAAACCAAAACCCCAAACGAAAAUGCAUUGAAUCUCUCUUCUCAUGGAGAUUCAUCGAAGAAGAAGAAGAUGUUUUCUCACUAUACUCACUAUACUUGUUCUUCAAUUCUCUGGUUACAUUCUGCUCGUCAAUGGCGACUGUCAGUUUCCAGCUAUAUUCAAUUUCGGCGACUCUAACUCUGAUACCGGCGGUUUAUCAGCCUUAUUCGGUCAAGCAAUCUCUCCCAACGGCGAAUCUUUCUUUAACGGACCAGCCGGACGCUACUGCGAUGGCCGUCUUAUAAUCGACUUCAUUGCUGAGGAGUUAGGGAUUCCAUAUAUCAAUGCAUUUCUUGAUUCUAUUGGCUCUAACUAUAGCCAUGGAGCUAACUUUGCCACAGCUGGUUCCACUAUCCGUCCUCAGAUCAAUACUACUUAUAAGGAUUCAGGUUACAGUCCAGUUUCGUUAGAUGUUCAGUAUUUUGAGUUCGAUGGUUUCCAUCGUCGUUCCCAAAUUGUUCGUAGAAAAGGAGGAAUUUUCCAAGAAAUUCUGCCAAAUAAUGAGGUUUUCUCAAAGGCUUUGUAUACUUUUGACAUUGGACAGAAUGAUUUGUCAGCUGGGUAUUUCCUCAAUGGGUGGAAUUUUGAUCAAGUUAAAGCUGAAAUACCCAAUAUGAUAAGCCAAUUCAAGGAUAUUGUCAAGGAUGUGUAUGAACUAGGAGGGAGAUAUUUCUGGAUACACAACACAGCUCCGGCAGGAUGUCUGACUUACCAAUUGGACCGUUUGAAGAUGAUAACCGCCUCGGAAAUCGACAAGGUAGGAUGUUCUUCUCCGCUGAAUGAGGUUGCACAACACUUCAACAAUGGUCUAAAGGAGGCUGUAGACCAACUUAGAGAAAGUCUACACGAGGCUGCAAUCACUUACGUUGACAUCUACUCUGUCAAGUACUCUCUCAUUAGCCAUUUCAAGAACAAUGGGUUUGAGGACCCAUUCCGAACUUGUUGUGGACAUGGAGGAAGGUUCAACUACAACGUGUCUAACGGUUGUGGAUAUAAGGCAGUGAUCAAUGGAGAAGAAGUCUUGGUGGGGUCCUGCGAUGAUCCGGCUAGGGCAGUUAACUGGGAUGGCUAUCAUUUCACACAGGCGGCUAACAAGUUCGUGUUUGACAAGAUUGUCGACGGUUCAUUCUCCGACCCUCCUAUUCCAUUGAAAAUGGCCUGCAAUAGAUAACCGUAUUACCCACCUACCCUAUUUAAAUUGUCGAAACUUACAUGAAUGUGAUAAAUUUGUUAUUUAAAAUCGGAAGUAAUAAAUAAUGAAUUUAUACGUUAAAAGUAGAAUGGAAUGAAAUGGAAUGGGGUAUGAGAAUGACCAAACCAAACAUGUGUCCGGUUAUGAAAAUAAGGUAGAAAAAUGGUCUAUUUCUGGUUGGUCCACUCUCCACCAUUAAAACUUAUUCUUAUUCAUCCCUAUAAAUAAGUUUGUGUUUGAU